CGAUAAUAUUUGUCAACUUAACCUGUAAUUUGUUGUGAUAACAUUAAUUUGUUGGUAUUGCGUAUUUGUAUUAAGUAUAAUUAUGUACAUUUAUUCUUUGCACAUCAAAAUAAGCUUGUUGUGUUUUGUGGCAUUUAACCAAAUAAUAAUCAGCAUUUGAGAAUUGUGAGCUAUAAUUUUAGAGAGUAACAUUUUUGGUCACGCAAAAUAUUUCACUAGGUAAUUAACCAUGAUCACAGACGAAUAUAAAGACACCUAUCCUAUUGUUAUAUUUUAUCCUGAAAAUGAGCUUUGUGAUGAAGGAUAUUUAUGUGGAGAAGUCGUUGUUGAUGAUUUACUGAAAACCAAGAACUAUUUCAUUCAUGAAGUUCAAGACAUCAGUUGUGUCCUUUCGGUUGAUAUAAUUGGAACUAUAGGCAGUAUUACAGUGAGCAAGAAAAGAAGAAAGAAACAUGAUUGGGUAAACCUAAGAAUUCAUGAAAAAAUGCCUCUUGUGGUGGAAUUAAUAAGUGACUCUGUUAUUGUAGACUGCAAGGAGUGUCAAGUAAUCAUGUAUGACCGAUUGUGUUUUAUGAGGUCAGAACUGCUUUUGCCAGACUGUGAAAUAAGACCUUUUGAUGAAAGCAUCGAAGACCAUUUCAAACGUUUGGUGUAUUCUUUGAAGCACAAACAAUCUUCACAAAGAAAACCAAGUGAAUUUCACCCUUUAGUGAAGCUUAUAUUAGUAAAUGUAAUAAGUGGUUUAAAGUGUAUUGAAAUGUUACUGAAUAAGUUCCUUUUUAUAUUAAAAUUUUCUACACUAGCACUCCACAUGUUAUCUUUUAUAAGAAAUGCUGUUUGGGGUUUUGAGUUGAUCCUUCGACGGAAAGGUUUUACAACUCUUAAAAGUGGGAAUUACAUUCUCGGACUGAUUGGGGACUGGUUGGGAGGACUGCUUCUGAUUUAUUGGUUCAUGAGCCUUGUUCAGAUUGAAGAUAUUAUGGAAACGUUAGCUACCCAAUCUGAGGAUGUGGUGGUGACUCUGAAGGAUAUGGUUCGCUAUCUCAUGGGCAGUCCAGCAGAUCUCAAACUUAAUAGUCCUCUCAACAAUGUGCUGGGAAAGUUCUUCCUUUUCCACAUAGACCUCUGGUGGGCCUUUCUUGGAUACUCGAGACCAUUGUUGGAAUUUGGGUUCCGUGUGUUCAUCUGGCUGGGAUCACUGGGACUCUCCUUCCAGAUAGCAAUCCUCGCUGAUCUCCUUGCUGUCGCCAGCUUCCAUGUGUACAUCAUCUAUGUGUACGCUGCCAGGCUGUAUCAUGCACAAGUGAUGGGGCUUGCCUCUCUCUCCAGGGUGUUUCUGGGACGUAAACGCAACCCACUACCAGGUCGUGUGGACUCCUGCCCUUAUUCCACAGAGCAGCUUCUCAUCGGUACCAUUGCGUUCACGGUUCUACUGUUUCUGCUGCCCACUACCCUAGUCUACUAUGUUGUCUUCACUGUGAUAAGACUUGUGCUGAUAGCAGUUGGAGGGGUGCUGACACAGGCCAGGUUCGUGCUGAGUGCUCUGCCUCUCUACUCUACCAUCCUGUGGCUCUGUGACUCCCCUGCGACCACUAGUUCAGUGCGGCUUACACCCAAGUCUGUGACGACAGAACAGUUUGUGUUACAAGUUACCCCCGUGCAGUGCUCCUGGUGGCAGACUGUAAAAGCUUGUAUGCCAUUGCACAUGUCACUUCCUCCACCUGUACACUGGGGACAACUCUGCUGGCACUUGCUCACAGGACGCCUGGUUUAUCCUGUCUAACUGUAGUACCAUGUUCUAGUGUAUGUAAAUAAAGCGCUUUACUUGCA